AUGAGCAAGCAGAGAAGUUCCAGCUGGGAUAAUAAAGCAUGUAAAUACAAGAUCGCCGAAUCGGUGGAAACCAGCAAUGGUCCGGAAGAUUUUGCUGAAUAUACCUUCGUGGCCCGUGAACGCAUGGAUCGAAAUACCGAGGAGGUGACGCCAUUUAUAGACGCCAUAUCAGAAGGCCUGCGGGACAUACUUCGUGAGGUGCUGCUCGAUAUAAAUUCUGUUAGCCUGAUGGAGGACAGGCCAUCGCAAAGUGUCCUUUUCCAUUUCAUUCCUGAGCUCGAAGGAUAUGCGAGUAACUUGGAAAACGGUGUGGACCAAGGAUCGGCACAUGCGCAGCAUCUCCGCCUACUCAUUGGCCACCUCAAGCACGCUUAUGCUCCUACCUCGCAACGUCUCAAGUCAAUGUUGCAGCACGAUCAUAUUACGUAUGACCUCCUCCCGGCACUUUUUAAACCCGAAUCCUAUGUCUAUACAACAUGCUUUGGCACAGGAGAGCCGCGGUGUGUCAUUUUCGACGCAGCGGAAGAGUUAACACAACAUGACGAGACGUGGUUCAAUCUCGAAUGCCGAUUCCUUGAUUAUGAUGGAGUCAGAUUCGGCGAGGCCGGGAUCUUUCUGCGUGUACCAAAGUUCCGAGGGUCAAAGCCGAUCGCGACACUCGAGGCUUACCCUCUCCGCCACCAUCCGAGUCACGAGCAGGUCCGAAAAGACCUAAUCGAGAGAGGCCAGAGGUUUCGGGAUUUUGUUGGCUCGCACAUUCAACACUGUAAAGGCAGCGCAUUCUUUAUGAACAAGGGCAAGGCUAUCAAACUCAACAUCAAAAGUCGAGUCGCAGUGGACGCCGCAUUUUUCCAUGAAAUGCAGCCAAACUAUUCCAGGCCGUCUCUGCGCGACAUGGCAUUGAAGGAAAAGGAUGGCAUUGCCGUCUUUGACAUAGGUGCGAUGUUCAUGGAGGAACGUGAGCAAGAAAAAGAGAAAAUGCGAGGAGACGGCAUGGAACCACAAAAGCUGAGCGAAGCCGAUAUGCUAAUCGCCUGUCCAACAGUGUGUUGCUUCAGUUCCAAGGAAAAAAUGUUUUUGGAAUGCGCAGUCAGUGCUUUUAGGGAUGUAAAUUGGUCACCUGAAUCAUUUGACUGCCUGCAAAUUCCGCCAGAGAACAAGAAACUCCUCUUGUCGAUGGCAAUAAACCGCUUGGGUUUGAUACCGACAGUACCCUUUGACGACGUAAUUGACGGAAAAGGCCAAGGACUCAACAUCCUUUUGGAUGGGCCACCCGGCGUCGGAAAGACAUUCACGGUUGAAGCAACAUCGGAAUAUUUCAAGCUGCCUCUAUACUCGAUAUCUGCAGGCGAGCUCGUUGUCGACCACGGAGAUUCUAAUGCGCUUGAACAACAACUUGAGACUAUUUUCAAGAUCGCGCAUCACUUCAAAGCCGUGCUCCUAUUGGACGAGGCAGAUGCAUUUAUGGAGCAGCGUACCUCUUAUCACGGUGCUCACAAUCGUCUGGUGACUGUUUUCCUCCGAAAGCUAGAAUAUUAUCAAGGCAUUUUAUUCUUGACUUCGAAUCGGGGUAUUCAGUUUGAUGAAGCAAUCCUCAGCCGGAUCCAUUUAAUCAUCACGUAUGAGGGCCUAAGCAGGGAAUCUCGCAAGGGUCUCUGGUCAACCUUUUUGGCCAAAGCACAUACAGUUCAAGGGUCUGCCAAGAUUGAGGAGCACGACCUUCGGCGGUUGGAAGCGUUGCAUCUCAAUGGGCGCGAGGUGGGCUCCGGAGCGCUGCCAUUUACUUCUUGUUUGUUGACUGACAUCGAUAAGAUCAAAAACAUCGUAGCAAUUGCACAUGCUCUUGCUGAGGCGAAUGCCAGCCAAGUGGACUAUCAAUACAUUGAGUUAGCCGCCGGCUCACGUCAGAAAUUUUCGAAGGAGUUUGGCAGACAGGAGAUGUAUAUCGCAGCAUACCUGGGGAACCCAUGCUAG